GAGCCGAGCUUUGCUGAGCCGUGCUUUGCUGAGCCGUGCUUUGCUGAGCCCAGCCGUGCCGCCCGGGGCUCGCCGCCCGCGCUCGCCGUCGGGGCUCCGCAGCCCCCAAGCCCGGGCGUUUCUUCCCCGGUGUUUCCUCGCUCCGUCCCGCGCUCCGGGCGCUCGGCUCGCUGCCGGAGGCUCCGCCGGGCCGCGGCUCUCGGGGUCCCCACGCCCCCCGGGCCGCGAUGAGCGCCGCGGGCCCCGGGCCCGGCCCCGACCCCGGCCCGCAGCACCGGGACCCCGGGCUCGGCCCCGAGCCGGCCCGGCCCCCCAGCCCGCAGGAGGAGCUCGACUUCUCCAUCCUCUUCGACUACGACUACCUGAAGCCGAUCGAAGAAGAACCGACUCCACAUAAAACCACCAGCCCACCCUCUGGAGUUACAUACGCUCAUGAUGUCUUGGACUGUGGCCUCAAGCCAUGCCCCCUGCCUUUUCCUAGCCUUUCUGCAGAUCCCAUGGGCAGAUAUGGACAGCCAGAUAGCAUAGGGCCAACACCUCCACACCCUGCCAGCGCUGCAGGGGCCUCUGCUCCGAGCCCUAGGAUUGAAAUAACUCCAUACCAUGAACUGAUUCAUGCAGGGGGUCCCUUCCGCAGCAGAGACACAGAUGUUCUGUUGGUGGAACAUCAGGCCAGCUCAGCCACCACUAGCCCCAGGGUUACCCUGCCUGUCCCUGGCUUUGAGGGCUACAGAGAACCACUGUGUCUGAGCCCAGCUAGUAGCGGCUCCUCUGCAAGUUUCAUUUCAGAGACAAAUGUAUCUCCUUGCACCUCACCAUGUGUUUCACCAAAUAAUGGUCCUAGUGAUGACCUUUGUCCGCAGUUUCAAAACAUCCAUACUCAUUAUUCUCCUAGAACCUCUCCAAUAAUGUCACCACGAACAAGCACCACGGAGGAAUCCUGCUUGGGACGCCACUCACCAUCUCCCUGUCCCAACUCAAGGUCUUCGUCGCCAGGUGCCAAAAGGAGGUACUCGAGCACGGGGCUCCAGAGCAGCCAGCUGCCUGCCAGCUCCCCCCAGCCCUCCCGGAGCCCCUCUCCGCAGCCCCCUGCCCGCCUGCCCCCGAGGGACGACGCCAGCGCAGCCCCUUACCCGCAGCUGCCCAUGGACGCCCUCAGCAGCCUCCCCGCCGACCCCUCCUGCGCCGUCCCCACCAAGAUCUGGAAAACCAGCCCCGACCCUCCGGCCGUGCCUUCCCACAAAAACAGCAUCCCCUGCCACGUCUUCCAGACUGUGGAUUUCCACGGGCCCUGCGAGCAGGAGGACAGGAGAAACUCGGCCCCUGAAUCCAUCCUCUUGGUUCCUCCGUCCUGGACAAAGCAGCUGGUGCCUGCCAUACCAAUCUGCAGCUUGCCCGUGCAGUCCCUGCCGCCCCUGGAGUGGCCCCUGGCCAGCCAGUCGGGCUCGUACGAGCUGCGGAUCGAGGUGCAGCCCAAGCCCCACCACCGCGCGCACUACGAGACCGAGGGCAGCCGCGGCGCCGUCAAGGCUCCCACCGGCGGCCACCCCGUGGUCCAGCUGCAUGGCUACAUGGAGAACAAGCCCCUGGGGCUGCAGAUCUUCAUUGGCACUGCAGAUGAGAGGAUCCUGAAGCCCCACGCCUUCUACCAGGUGCAUCGCAUCACGGGCAAAACCGUCACCACCACCAGCUACGAGAAGAUCAUCGGCAACACCAAAGUGCUGGAGAUCCCCCUGGAGCCCAAAAACAACAUGAAAGCAACCAUCGACUGCGCCGGGAUCCUGAAGCUGCGCAACGCCGACAUCGAGCUGCGCAAGGGCGAGACCGACAUCGGCCGCAAGAACACGCGCGUGCGGCUGGUGUUCCGUGUGCACGUGCCCGAGCCCAGCGGCAGGAUCGUGUCCCUGCAGGCCGCCUCCAACCCCAUCGAGUGCUCCCAAAGGUCUGCUCAUGAGCUUCCAAUGGUUGAAAGACAAGACAUUGACAGCUGCCUGGUUUAUGGAGGACAGCAGAUGAUCCUCACUGGACAGAACUUCACAGCAGAGUCCAAGGUGGUGUUCACAGAGAAAACAUCAGAUGGGCAGCAGAUCUGGGAAAUGGAGGCAACAGUGGACAAAGACAAGAGCCAGCCUAACAUGCUUUUUGUGGAAAUUCCCGAGUACAGGAACAAGCACAUCCGCACAGCCGUCAAGGUGAAUUUCUAUGUCAUCAACGGCAAGAGAAAAAGGAGCCAACCCCAGCACUUCACCUACCACCCAGUACCAUCCAUCAAAACAGAGCCCAUUGAUGACUAUGAUCCAGCCCUAAUCUGCAGUCCAGUGCACGGUGCCCUGGGGACAGUAACACAGCCUUACUAUUCACAGCACGCGCUGGCCACCGAGUCGCCCUCGUGCCUGGUGGCCACCAUGGCUCCGUGCCAGCAGCUGCGCUCGGGCCUGUCCCCUCCCGACUCGCGCUACCAGCAGAGCCCGGCUGUCAUUUACCAGCGGAGCAAGAGCCUGAGCCCCAGCCAGCUGGGCUACCAGCAGCCCGGCCUGCUGGCCACGCCAGCUGCCCCUGCAGACGGCCACAGGUCCGUGCUGGUGCACGCCGGCUCGCCGGGCCAGGCCCCGGCGCUGCAGCACUCCCCAGGCCCGCAGCAGCCCUCUCCCGUCAUCCACUACUCCCCAACGGGCCAGCAGCUGAGGUGUGGCGGCCACCAGGAGUUCCAGCACAUCAUGUGCUGUGAGAACUUCCCCCCAGGCGCCUCGAGGUGCGGCCAGCCCCAGAGGCUCAGCCCCAGCUCCUACCCCACGGUCAUCCAGCAGCAGCGGGCGGCCAAGAACGGCCCAGCCGAGCACAAGGACGUGCUGCCAGCGGGAGUCACCAUCAAGCAGGAGCAGAACCUGGACCAGGCCUACCUGGACGAUGAGCUGAUAGAUACACACCUUAGCUGGAUACAAAACAUUAUAUGAAAAAGAAUGACUGUGAUCUUUGAUCCAAGCAAUCAAAAAGAAAGUUAACGAAAUUAUCAGGAAGGAAUUUUCUGGACUCCCUGCCAGAAGUCAGACAUAGAAGAAGAGAUUUGUGAGACAACUUUUCCCAAAUCCUUCCACAAGUGACCUCUCCAGUGCCCCUGCAACCUCUGGCUUCCUUUGCAGUUCAUCUCCAGGCAGAGGCUCAGUGCAAGGAACAAUGAAUUGGCAGCAAGUGGCAGCCUUGGCUGACACCUCUGUGUGUAAACAGCACGAAGGACACCCUUCCUUCCAUCCAGAGACCACAUUGUUCUCCUGGAACAGAGCAUCUGUCUGAGGAAACACUUCAAGCCUGCUGCAAACCAUCUGUGUGUCCAUCCAUCCAUCCAUCCAUCCAUCCAUCCAUCCAUCCAUCCAUGGGAGGCAGGGCUCAGAGCUGGGGGUGGCACUGGGGGUGGGGAGAGGGAACAAAGAGUAAUAUAUUCCAUGGGAGAGCAGCACCCACCUCAGGUCACCAACAGGGAUUUGCCCUCCUGAGAAAUUCUUAUUGCAGGAAACUGAGGCAGCCCCAGCUCGCUCAGCCUUCACCCAGUCUGGCAUCAAAGCCAGUUUGCCCUGAGCUCUGGCACUGCCAUUUCAAACAGGAGAUGGCAGCUGCACCCAGGGGUUUUCUGCAUUUUUCUCCUCAGACUGGAUGGGAGUUUGAAGGAGAGGGAUUCUCAUAACCAACCAGUGAAAAGAGCAAUUCAGCAGUUGCAAUGCCUGUCCCAAGGUAAAAUAAACCCAGGUAAAACAGAGAUUAAUAUAUAGGAGUCACAGUAAAUCCAAAGAUUUUAUGAUUGAUCCUUAUUAGUAUUUAGGCAGUGUAUGAACACAUCUUAGAUAUUUUCUCUCUAACAAAUUGUUGCUGUUUCUUUUCAUGUAGAACCUGCUCUUGGCUCAUAACUUCUCUCAUUUAGCAGCUGGAACAUUUACUCACCCAAGCUGCAGAGGAAAAUAAUUACAUUUUACAGAAGCCAUACAUUCCAGAGAAAAUAUACAUUUAUUUAUAUCCACCUGGCCUCUUUAGCUUUGCAGAGCUACCAGCAAUUCCUGGAAAGGAUACAUUUCCAUGGGAGUUAGCAUUUUGUUAUGUUUUGCUUCGUGUGUUAGAAUAUCCUGUCCUGACUCCUGCUUUGCACAUUCCAGGUAACCACUGCCACCUGCAGUUUAGAGCUACAAUUUAGAAUAUUUAGGGGAGUCAGGGCCUCCUCAGUGGGAUAAAAAGGCUUCCUGAGUGGGUGGUCAGUGUACAGUAAAAGAUAACCAGAAUAUUUUAGGAAUUACAUCAUAAUCUUUCCUGGUUUUAUAAAUAAGGAAUGCUGAUAUUUUCAGGAAAGCAGAGCCUGAGCUCUGCUCUAGGAAGCACAGUGAAAUAUUCCAGUUUUCAGUUGUGUCUCAGUAAAAUUUGCAGGAUUCCAGCGUGCCCACUGCUCACAGCAGGAAUUAGGGGAUGGGAAUGCAGCAGAGCAGCCUCAGAACUGGUUCCCCAAUGUCUCAAGAAAGAUUUUGCACAGUCCCUGCAGAGUGUGUGCUUGGUCCAACAAAAAUCUCUUCAGGACUGUCAGGAAGAAUUUAUUUCCUGCCACUAAAAACUUAAACUCUGCAAGGUGUUGGGGUUUGGAGUGGGAAACAAGCAUUGGGUUCUUCAGAGCACCCAACCUGGGCUCAGCUAAAAUCUGAAGAGAAAUCUGAAUUUCUCAAGAGCAGCUCUGAACUCCAGACUCAGCCCAGCUCAGAUCCAGAGCCAGAGCAGAGCCCUGCACAUCCCCCCUGGCAUUAAUGGCACAGCCUGGCUUUAUUUCUGCUUUGGGAGAUCCAAACCUUAAACCCCAAAAUGAGUUCCCUGCAUCCCAAAAUUCCUCCCUCUGGUGCUCUCCUUGUGAGCUCUGCCCUGCAGGUGCCAUGGCCAAGCCUCAGCCUGGACCUGCAGAGGUGAAAAUGGCCUUUUUAAAAUUAAAUUUAAUUUAGUUUUUAAUUGCUGACUUUCACAGAAGCAAAGUGAGGCCCAGCCUUGCUGAAGAGGGGAAUUCCUGUUAGCACUCAGCAGGACUCAGACUGGCUCAAGAAGCUAUUUUGGAUUGUUAUAAACUGUCAGUGGGCCAGACUCUGACAUAUGUGAAGGGUUUUUAGUGCAGUCUGAUGAAUCAGACAAUUCUGACAUAUUCUAAAGGCCAGAAGUUGCCUGUCAGAAGUUCUUUGUGGUAGCUGAGUAAAAGAACAGACCAAAUGCAUCUCCCAAUUUCACAUUUGGAUAUAUCAAACAUUUUCCAUGAUCCAACCUGCAAAGCAGAAGAGAAGUUUAAAAAACAGACCAAAAAACCAUCCACAGAAAAAAAAAAAUCCUCAUAUUCCUGGUAGAACUUUCUCUCUUGCUGGAUUUUAAGUUGAAGCUCAAAGAAGCCCAGGAAGGUCUUUUCAGACCUGUGAUGUGCUGCUGCUGCUGCCCUGGUUGCAGCAACUACUCAUCAAUUUAGGAGAAUAAUUUUUUGCAUAUUUAUUUUUAGAUAAUAUCAAUUUAAAAAAGGAGGGGAGGAAAGGAAAAACUAGUGCUGGAUCUGAGCAAAGAAAAAAAAAAAGUCAGUGUUUAAAUUCUGCCUUCUGGAUUGAUGCUGAAAUAAUAAAUUAACCCCAAAAGGAAGGAGCAGCUGAAAUUUGGGUUUGGGUCUGGAGCUCAGGGACCAGAGGAGCCCUGCAGGGACACCAGGACACCUCUGCCACCAGAACACUCCAGAUCCCACUGUGCCCAUCUCUUCUUCAGGCACUUUGCUCUGCAGGGGGAGAGAGGCUUGGGUUUUGAUUUGCUGGAUUUAUUUUUGGGGGUUAUUUUGUUUUGUUCUGUUGGGAUGUUUUUAGGGUUUUUUGUUUUGGUUUUUUUUGGGGCUGAUUUUUUUGUUUGGGUUUUUUUUGGGGCAGAAGGGUUUUUUUAAUGUGCUACAGGUGCUCUAGCCAGGCUUGCAUUGACUGUAUUCCUUCUCAUCUUUAAUGCAUAGGUAAUAAUUGAUCUGUGUACAUAUUGUACAAUGUCAUUUUUUUAAUACACCCACACAGAGAGGGGCUGUCCAAGGGCUGGUGGUGACAGCACAAGGGGGAAUGGCUUCAAACUGACAGAGAAAUUAGGAUAAAAAUCAGAAAUUAGGAUAAAAAUCCUCGCUGGGAGGGUGGGGAUGAGUUCCCAGAGCAGUGGGCAGUGCCCAGGGUGGUGUUUGGGUCCCAGCCCUGCCCAUGCCCUGCUCUCUGUGGGUUAUUUUAUCCAUGGUUAGACAGGAACACCAGCCCUGCAGCAGCUCAGUGUGGAGGCUCCACCCCGUGUAUUCUGUAUUUUAGGGGUUCAGGCUGUGCUGCCCCAUCUGCUUUUAGUUAAAUAAUUCAGCUUCAACCAACUUUGUAUUUAUUUCUGGAGAAAAGGAGCAUCCUCAGACAUAGUGUUGUGCAUUGUUGUCUCUUUAAAAGGGAAACUGGUAUGUUAAAAUGAUAUAGCUAGGCUGAAGAAUUUCAAUAUUUACAGUACUAAAUUAUUUCCUGUUCUUGCUGAGCAGAGUUUUUCCAGUAUUAGUAUUUCUGUUAAUACAACUUUCUCUCUGUAGAAGCACGAGCUUAACCUUGGAAGAGUUAAUAGCAUUUUGUGAGCAAUUUGUUCUCACUUUAUCUGGAAGAUAGCCAUAUUUGCACAUGAGGAAAUUCUGUCUUUCCUCAGUUAUCUGAAUGUUUCACCACAGUGCCUUCCUGCCAUUGUACCAAAGGCCUACAAAUAUCUUGUCUGCAGGGUGAACAACUCUAAUGCAUUUUCCAUCAAAGUUGCACCAUGUGAAGUUCAUGGGGCAUGUUGGAACUCAAAAGUUCAUCUCUUUUUUGUUUGUCUUGUGUGUGUGUGUCUGUGUAAUUUUUUUUAACUUCCAUUUUUCCAUCCGAGCUUUGGCUGCGAAUACAGGAUGAGCUUCUAUAAACUCCUGCAUCAAAUAUACAUAGAAUAAAAAUCAUCAUUCAUGAUAUGUAAACAGUCUGAGAGUGGAAUGGAAGUGGGCAGAUAUCAGGAAGACUUUUUUUUUUUGUCAGUUAUGAGUGUUGGAAGUGGAUUUUGCCAGGAGAGGAAUUGCUUGUGAAGAUACUUGCAACCAAAUUCCUGGUUUUGUUUUUCUCCAUGAGAAUGAGCAAAAUGUAAGAUCUGAGCAACAGCAGUGGAGUGAAAGUGUCUCAUGUAUGUUGUUUUUAUUGGGAGAAAGAAUGUAGAAGAGUCAUGGGUUUUGCACUUGCUUUAUUUGUAUUCCUGUAAAUAUCCCUCCAUUCUCCCUGUAGGAACAGAGCAUUUCCAGACCAGCACUAUGUUAUCCCCUAGUGUAUAAAAUCUGCUGCUUCAUAACAUAUCUAAACCAGUUCUCAAAGUAGCUAGCAUGUUUUCUAAAGUGUAUUUUGUAAUCCAUAUCUUUACAACCAAAGUGGCUGUGCUUUUUGUCUGACCAAAUAUGCAACAACUUUUGGAUUAAGGUUUGUAUUUAUGAAGGAUCAGUUUUCAUUUUCUGAAUGCCUUACUUUCCUAUGCAAUUGUUGUUGAAUUGUUGUUGUCCUAAAAAAAGAUGUAUUUUAUGAAUUUCCCAAAGACUUCAAAGACAGCUUUAAACACUUAAGAAAUAUAUUUCUAAAUAUUUCAAUCUGACUUUUCCCCCUGCAUUUCUUUCCAAAUUGCUACUUAAUAGGGAACAAUGAUCUGCCAGAUGGGACUCAAGAAAAUGACUGUCUUAAUUUCAAAUCUUAAACUGAUUCAGAUCCUCAUCAUUUUUGCACCACUUACAAUCAUCUGAUGUUCCAGCUUAGCUCAAUUCUGAGUGUUUGUAAUUUAUGUUCCAUAUUCCUGUGCAAUAGGAAGAGAUGCCACUGCUGGUCUCGAUGGGGUGGAUUGUAAAAUUCUCCAGAAAUCAACUCCUUUCCUCAUCAUUGACAUUGCAGUGGUUUCUUACCUGUGAGGCAGCACUCUGCCAUCACAUGUGGAAGGUUGUGAUUCUUUAUUCAUCUCAGUUCAGAAGGAAUCAUUCACCUUUUGGAACGUUUGACAUCAGAUUGGCCUCUGUGUCUUUAAUGUCUGCUGAGUUAGAACUGCAGGGUCACAGCUGAUAGCAGCUUCUCUGCCAGCCAGGGUCAGCCCACUCUGGUCUGUUUAAGGUUUGUUUGGCCAUUUUCAUUGUUUCAGGGGCACAGAAAUAGAAAUUAAAAUAUGCACAUUGCAAUAAACUCCUCCUGAAGGUGCUGAUGCUGUAAAAGGUGAUCUCAACUGCAAAGAGUUACCUGGGGGGGGUUGAGUUUCCUCCUAUAACUCCUAAAAUAGCAACAUUGGGUAGAAAGCUCCAGAAGGGCAGAGUGUCAGAAGUGAAGGAUGUUUGUAGAGCCCAGGAGUGCUGGAACUGCAGGAUGGGCCCUGCUCUGAGCAGGGACUGCUCUGCUGUGGUGCUGGCACCUGGGCACAGAGACCUGGCCAGUGCUGCCUGCCUGGCCUCACAUUUGUGUCUGAGUGAGUCAUUAUGAAGGGAUUCCCCCCAAAGUCCAGCCCUCCCUGCCCUGGAUGUUCAGGUAAAGCCACGUGUGAGCACGUGUCACUCACAUCAUCCUAACAGAUGUCUUUUGAAUCAAAUUGCAACUCUCACAAUUGAAAAGGGAUUUAUGUCAUUCACAUUCCUACAACAACGUUGUUAACCUCCAAUGUAAUGAUUUUUUGCUAUCUGUAAAGUAUUUUUAUAUAUUGCCUGUACUAUGGUAGAUUAGCAAUAAAUGAAAGGGCAUCAUCUGC